AUGGUUCAUGAUAACGAUGUAAGUCGAUUUGCUGAUCGAAGUAGAGAAUUAUGGUCUGAACGUACUGUUACCGAAUCUCAAUAUAAACAGAAUAGCUUUUUAAAAUGUUGUGGAAGAUGUCCAUUUGCAUCGUUUCUUGCUUUCUUAAUUACAUUAACUGGCACUGGCAUAUUUUGUGGUUGUAUUUAUCAUGCAUUAAAGAUUACCAUUGAAGCUGUGAAUAAUGCUUAUAAAUUACAAUAUAUUGAAGUGGAUUGGAUUCGUGUGAUGCGUUUGGUUGUAAUAUUUGUUUCGGCUGUUAUGGGUGGAUUGUGUUUAAUAUUACUAAUUGUUGGAAGUUUAGCGACAGGUGCUACCCGCCAUCAAGUUUACACGGGUUUUCGUUCAAGAUUAGGUGGACGAAUAGCAACAGGAUUUUUUUCUAUUGUUGUUUAUAUGUUAUUUAUAAUAUGGUUAAUAGCCACAUUAGCCUUGGUUGUUCCAUGUAUUGGCUAUUAUAUAUUAGGUAAUCGUUGUACGAAAGAAGCUCGUACUGUUGACACAGAUCCAUUAUCUCCUACACGUUGUUUAUGGCUUGGUCAUUACGGUUUAUAUGUGCCAAAACAGAGAACUGACCAUUCGGUUUGUCAAGAAGCAUUUGUGGAAUUAUGCAAUCAGGUUACCGAAGCGGGUCCCCGAUACGUCGCGGCUUUAUGUGGUUCAUUAUUGGUUGUUCUAGGGUUGGUUCAUUUUCUUUGUUGUCUUGUUGCUAAUUAUGCGCAUAUCAAAGACGGGAUUAAACUACGCGAUUAUGAAGAUGCUAUUAAAGAAGAAUUAGAAUUAUCAAAAUUAAAUCAUUAA